AUGACACCUGACUUAAGAGAAACACAGGUCGGAGAUACUGGGUUUAGACAACAGGGAAGAAGAUUGGCAUUGGAAGGAGUGGAUGCCAGGCAUGGUGGGACUUAUUUUUGCAGAGCUGCAGUUGCCAUGGAUGUUGGAGGCCCUGUUUUGGUCAUCAGAGAAGGAAAUGCUUCAAUUGAGGUGGUUGUGCAACAUGCCCCAGGCCAGGCCAAGAUCAGCUUGUCAUCCCAGUUUGCAGUGGCUGGCCAGCCUGUGACACUCACCUGUCACUCUGACCCUCCAGGAUGGCCCACACCAGUGUUUGAGUGGUGGAGAGUGCCUGCACCUAGUGCUGAAUCAGAGCCUGCUCAGAAACCCUCAGUCUUGGCAUCUCUAGGGGAAAUGCAUGGCACCAACAGUGAAGAAGAUGAUGACAUUGACAAUGGCAAUCUCCCAUCCACUGCUGAAGUGUUGUCUGUGAGGGAGAACUUGACCCUGCCUGCUGUGUCUGAGCAGGAUGAAGCUGUGUACAAGUGCAGGCCGCAUAACAGAGUGGGCUCAGGGAAAACUGCCAGCUUUUUCCUCAAGGUGGCGCAUCCACCAGUGAUUGCCAGGGAACUGCAUCCAACUGCUGUGGUUGUGCAACAUGCCCCAGGCCAGGCCAAGAUCAGCUUGUCAUCCCAGUUUGCAGUGGCUGGCCAGCCUGUGACACUCACCUGUCACUCUGACCCUCCAGGAUGGCCCACACCAGUGUUUGAGUGGUGGAGAGUGCCUGCACCUAGUGCUGAAUCAGAGCCUGCUCAGAAACCCUCAGUCUUGGCAUCUCUAGGGGAAAUGCAUGGCACCAACAGUGAAGAAGAUGAUGACAUUGACAAUGGCAAUCUCCCAUCCACUGCUGAAGUGUUGUCUGUGAGGGAGAACUUGACCCUGCCUGCUGUGUCUGAGCAGGAUGAAGCUGUGUACAAGUGCAGGCCGCAUAACAGAGUGGGCUCAGGGAAAACUGCCAGCUUUUUCCUCAAGGUGGCGCAUCCACCAGUGAUUGCCAGGGAACUGCAUCCAACUGCUGUUGGCUAUGUUGACAGCUCUCUGGUGAGGGUCACUAGUCACUUGGUGUUCCAGGGAGACAGUCGUCCAGGUGGUAACUCAUUGGUACCAGAGGACCGUGGUCGCUACACUUGUCGCUUCACCAACCCUGUUGGUCAGCAGGAGUCCAACAUGAGGCUUAGAAUGCAACACGCCCCGAUCCCAGUGAAGCAGACGUGGAAGUUCGCGGCGCCCGAAGGCGGCACCGCCAUCAUGUGGUGCCGGGCUUGGGCGUACCCACCGGCGACCUUUCGGUGGACACGGAUCCGCGGCGACGGCGCCGAAACGUCGGUGCGAGCCGAUGGACGCCGAAUCGCCAAUAACGCCUCUGCCAUUGCUGGAGACCUGUAUCAAGCUGUGCUGCGAAUCGACGCCGUUUCUGCCGCCGACUUUGGAGAGUACGCCUGUGUGGCCAGGAAUGAUGUUGGGUCAAGUGAUGUGAGACAAACAGUGAUCCUGGGUAGACCUGGAAGACCAGAUGCACCCCUGGCACCCAUUGCCACAGAAGCAGGUGUGGACUGGAUCUCUGUGGCCUGGGACCCCAAUUUUGAUGGAGGCAUGGAGGAUGUGGAGUAUGUUGUGAGGGCCAGACCAACUGCCACUUCUGCUGCCACUUCAUCUGAUGCUACCAGGGCAUUGUUUCACUGCAAAACUGCCAAUCCUUGCAAUCUCACUAACCUCAUGCCCAGGACCACUUACUUGGUUCAGGUGAAGGCAGUGAACAUGAUGGGUGAAAGUGAGUUCUCAGAUGCCUCAAGAUUGGCCACUGGACUCACUGCUGCAGAUGUGCCUCAUCCAGAAGAUGUAGUGUUUGCCACUGCCCGCAGAACGCUGACCUUCCGCUUUGACCCUAGACAUGUAAUGGAUGCAGCUGCUUCAGCUUCCUCAAGCUCCAGCUUCUCUGCUGUUAUUGAUGUGAAGGAAGCUGAUGAUGAGGGUGUUGAUGGCACUGAUGAUUUGUCCUGGAGGCAACUGGCCAGAAGAGUGCCCCUGUUGACCAAUGCUGCUUCAGUGGUGGACAUCAAGGUUGAUGACUAUGAUUCUCUGGAUGACCAGAAUCCUGAAACUGAAAGGAUUUGGGAAGGUGUGAGAGUAAGAGUCUGUGCAGGAGUGGAUGUGUGCAGUCCAGCUGUGGAAGCUGAGUUGGUGGAUGUGUUGCCUGGGCAUUUGCUGCUGGCCAAAGCAUUCCCCAUCAAAUACCUGGUGGCCAUUGUUGCUUGCUGUGUGGUCUUCCUCUGUGGAGUCCUGGUGAUUGCCUGUUGCUGCUGCAGGAAGGCCAAUAACAAGGGCAUGGGAAAAGGGUUCCAAGUGGACUCCCCACAUGUGAGACCAAAUCUGAUUGCUCAGCAAACCCCUCCACCACCUUACUACACCACCAAUGGAGAUGCUGGGAAGCCAACAAUCACAAUUGAUGAGCACCCAACCAAAGCAAAUGAUGUUUAUGGACAAGGGCAUCAAGUGCAAUAUGGGGAACAUCACCAGCAAAGCUACUCCAACUCCAACAAUGGUGGCUCAGUAAACUCCCAGGACAGCUUGUGGCGCCCAACCUCCAGUGAAGAAAGGGUGGCAGCUGGCUUGGCUCAAGUUAAUGGAGGUGCUUAUGCUUAUGGCACCUCUGUGGUAGUCAAUGGUACCAAUGGUCAGCACCACACUGGCUUUGUGGGCAAUGAGGAUUAUGCGCAUUACCCUAUUGCUGGGGACUAUGGCCAUGAUCCCUAUGGUGUGACUGCUCAACACCACCACCACCAUCCUCAUCACCAGACCCAUUUGCAUAGAGAAAAUCCCUAUGGGAAUAUGAGCCUGGGCAGUGUGGGGUUGCCAGAGCUGAGCAAUGCGGGUUCUGACCAGUACAGCAGGAGUCAGCAACCUUCGCUUUUGGGCUUCAAUGAGUCCAUGGACAGUGAAGGUCCGGCAUCUCGCGGACGAAGAGUCAUUCACGAAGUCAUUGUUUAGAUCCGGAAAAAUAGAAAACAAGUAGAAAGAAAAAGUGAAAAUCAUCAAACUUGUUUUUUUUCGCAUUGUAGUUCCCAAAGCCCACCGCGUUCACUUUUGUUUUUGUUUUUUGCAAUUUUCUCUCUCUCUCUCUCUUUCUUCUGGAAAAGAAAGAGAACGAUAAAAACGCCCAAUAAUUUAUUCAUAUGUUCGCUUGGAAAAGGCGAAAAAUAAAAAUUUUUUACGUCGAUUUUGAUUACUUAUACCCCGCCGAAAGUAAGUCAGUCGAAAGCCGGGGGUUUGUGAUUGAAGAUCUCAUCGUCACGUGCUAUGGAUUGAUUGAUUGGUUGAUUGAUUGAUUGAUUUUUUUUUAGUGCGCGAAUGUGAGUGUGGUUUUUUUUUUUUUGUGGUGAUCAGUGGCAAUUCGUUCCCACCAUCACGAAUGGAUCUUGAAAUGUACUUUUUUCGUGAGAUCAAAAUGUCCCCUUUUCCCGUGUGCCAUGAAAGAAAAGGUUCCUUUUUUUGUUUAAUGUGUCUCGGGAAGAAGAAGAAGAAAAAUUGUGUAGAAGAUGCGAGGCUCGAUCCCUGUGAUACUUGCGUUGACCUAACCCACGAUCUGCAAUUAUUUCCUUUGACUAUUCAUGUUUUCUAUAUGCAAUUCUUAUUUGAACUGUGAUACGGACUUUCCGUUUAAUUUUUUUUUUGUUUCUGGCGAGAAAAAAGGGGUGUGUGAAUCAUAAAGAGUGUACGUCUCAAGAGAGCGGGGAUCAAAUCGAGAAAGAAUUUUUUUUAAAGAGGUGUAAAUUGAUGCCUGCUCUUUUGACGUGGGCUCAUUUGUGCGCACGCUCCUUUGAGAUUUUGUCCCUUUUGAGGUACAACAGGCGGAAAAACGGUGCGUCUUUUUUUUUGCAGCGUCGUUUUUUUAACUCGCGGUUUUUUUUUUUGCCUUUCUGACCCCUUUUUUUGGACGUGUCUGAAUCUAAUGUUCGCCAUUGUUGUUUGUAGACAAGCAAGAGAAU